AUGUCAAAAUCACUCGUUACUGGUGGGGCAGGCUUCAUUGGUCUCUAUACCGUUAAGAUACUUCUUGAGCGUGGCCAUUUUGUUCAUACCACUGUCCGCAGCCUGAAGAACACUCAAAAGCUGAAGGGGCUUUUAGAUUUGCAGAACAAGUAUCAGGGACAACUAUCUUUGUUUGAAGCCGAUCUUCUGAUAACUGGCUCUUUUAAAGACGCCAUGGCAGGCUGUGAUAUAGUAUACCAUAUAGCUUCGCCAUUCCUCGUCCCACAACAAAUCAAGGACGGGAUGAAAGACUGCAUCGAACCUGCUCUGAAAGGCACUAAGAACGUCCUACAGUCCGUCAACGAGACCCAAACUGUCACGCGUGUCGUUCUCACAUCAUCCAUUGCAGCAAUCUACGGUGGUAGUGCAGAUGUACUAGAGAUGAAAGACUCGACCCUUGCUGAGAACUACUGGAACGUCACAAGCACCGCCGCCGAGAAUCCAUACAGUUAUUCGAAAAUGAUUGCCGAGCGUGAGGCCUGGAAGAUGUAG